AGAUUGGUUAACUACACCGAGCGCGCGGCGCGGCGCAUGAGCUGGACCCGGUGCGCGCCCUCAUCCUUCAGAGUGGACAGGAGAAGAAGAGUGGCUCGAGUCGCAGCGGCGUGCUGUUCCCCGUGGCCCCAAACCGGCAACUUUAAUCCUGAUUAAUUCCGAGGAGGCUGCGGGAGGAGGGCGACAACUCGGGCAUCCCGGGACCGGAGGGGAAAGAAAGCCUCUCCGCGAGCUCCGAGAGCAAAAGGGAAUACUCGGUGUGUGUGACAGCGGUGUCAGAGUCGAGGACAGACUGUGGACCCGAGAGGACAAGUGGGGACUGACGGAGCCCGUCAAGUUUCUCAGUGUGUGAGCCUUUUUUUUUUUUUUUUUUUUUAAGGACGGGAGAAAAAGUGUUGAGGAGGUUAGUCCCUCUCCGAUGCGUCGGUCCCCCUCGUAUUCUGAUGGACUGAGGACGGUGGUAUUCAUUUGGAAUAGCAUUCCCCUGUUUUCAUCUGUGUAAGACGAUAUCUGAGACCGAAAUGCUGCCCUGCAUCAUUUUCAUCGGUUUGUUUCUCACCGCAGCCCGAUCCCAAGAUAUCCAUCCCUCACAGGCAUCGUCUAUAAGUGAGUCUUGUGACUCCUUGUGCUCCUGCGAGGACAAAGAUGGCAUCCUUCAUCUCAACUGUGAGCAGAGAAACAUCAGCAAAAUCUCCCAAAUCAAAGUCCCGGCAGGUGUGCCCUUCCACCUGAACCUUUACAAAAAUGACUUGGUUGAGCUCCGUGCCGAGGAAAUGGAAGGGCUUAAGAAUGCCAUUUCACUGCACAUCGGGGGUAAUAGCAUUCAAGAGCUGGAACCGGGGGUCUUUAGCACUCUCGGUUCACUGAAAAAACUCCACAUAAAUAGCAAUUUCCUCGUAACUCUGAAAGAGGACACUUUUCAAGGUCUGGUGAAUUUGGAGUUUCUCCAAGCUGACACAAAUUUCAUUCGGGUCAUCGAGCCGGGGGCCUUCAACAAACUGAUCCGCCUCAAGGUCCUCAUCCUCAACGAUAAUUCCGUAGAGUUUUUACCGAACAACAUUUUCCGGUUCGUGCCCCUCACUCACUUGGACCUACGUGGCAACAAGCUCCAGACGCUGCCUUAUGUCGGCUUUUUGGAGCACAUUGGACGGAUUAUGGAACUUCUCCUGGAGGACAACGAUUGGAUCUGCGACUGUGAUAUUUUACAUUUAAAAAUCUGGAUGGAGAACAUGAGGGCCCAGUCGGCGAUCGGGGACGUGGUCUGCAGCACACCACAUCACCUCAAGGGGAUCACUCUGGCUAAAGUCAAGCGGGACGUUCUCUGCCCGUCCCAUGCAGAUAUAAACCUGGAGGAGCCGUCAAAGUCGCUGGAUAUGGUCGUCACCCCCUCAUCCAAAGUGAGCCCCAAGGUGAACGACGCCAAAGAUGACGCCAAGGUGCCGACGCCCUCUCACAUUCCCGGCAGCCCUUGUGUGGAGCACUGCUCUUGUCACAAUCACCCCGUGGCUGGGUUUUUGAUGCAUUGUCAGGACCGAGGAAUUCAAAAGGUAUCAGAUAUCGGUAUACUCCAGCAAAGCCCCACUAAACUGGUCAUGACAGGCAAUAUGAUCCAGAAACUCUUGAAGUACGAUUUCGUCACAUACGACGGUUUAGAAUUGCUCAACUUGGCGAACAACAGAAUUGAUUACAUUGAUAACGAAACGUUCCUCAGCUUGAGCAGUUUGAAAAAACUGUAUUUGAAUGGCAACCGAAUUGAAAAACUGUUCUCCACGAUGUUUGUGGGGCUCCACAACCUUGAAUACCUGUAUCUGGAAUACAACCUUAUCAAAGAGAUUGCUCCAGGCACAUUUAAUCCUCUUCCCAACCUGAAGCUGUUGUCCUUAAAUAACAACCUGCUCAGCUCUCUUCCGGCGCAGAUAUUUCGCAAUGUGCCCCUCACCAAAUUAAACCUGAGGAAAAAUCUACUUAUGCACCUGCCAGUGAGCAACGUGCUUGAUCAACUCGACUCGCUGGAGCAGAUUUAUUUAGAGGACAACCCCUGGGACUGCAGCUGUGACUUGCUCAGCCUCAAACAAUGGGUGGAGAAACUCCGAAAGGACACAGUGGUGGGCUCCAUUUUGUGUCACACCCCGAAGAAAGUGAUGCAGGCCGAGCUCAGGAGCCUACGUCACGAGGUGUUGUGUGCCGGGCUGGGGACCUACUACCCCAUGUCCCCAGAUGGGGAGGAGAGCGUGACGGCCACCCUGGGGCCCGACGACGCCGACAAGGGUUUGUUCAGCUCCCUUAUGGACACUGUCCCACUCUCUGUGCUCAUCUUGAGCCUUCUCAUGUUCAUCCUCAUGAUUAUAUUCUGCUCGGCCGGAUUGGUGGUGUUUGUGGUGCACCGGCGGCGGAGAAGGGCAAAGAAGAAAGCGGCCGAGGAGCAGACCAGGGAGAACUCCAGCAGCCCCAUUCACCUCCACUACAGCAUGUACGGGCAGAAGACGACGCACCACACUCUGACGCAGAGAACGGGGUCCGCCACUCUGUACGAAGAGAGGUCUCACAGUCCCAUCGUCCAGAUCUGUCGCAACCCCACCUACUGCUCCCAGCACAAGGAGCACGACGGGGAUCUGGAUUACGGCCUCGACGAACCCGGCGCCAAGCAUCACCUCUGCCGGAGCAUCAUGGAGAAGGAGAACACGUCUCCACUCACGGGGAACCCCGGCUCAAAGUUCCGACCGAUGACCGGAGACUGCCCCGCGGAGUUCGUCACGCUGGGAAAUCCCAACUCGCUGUACCGGAACAUUCUGGAGAGGGAGAAGGAGCUGCAGCAGCUCGGAAUAACGGAGUACCUUCGGAAAAACAUGCCCCAGCUUCAGUCUGCCGUAGACAUGCAGGUCCCGGGGCACCAGGAGGAGUUGAAGCUAAUGGAGACGAUUAUGUACUCGCGACCACGCAAGGUCAUGCUCGAGCAAACUAAGAACGAGUACUUUGAACUCAAGGCUAACUUGCAUACUGAGCCAGACUAUUUGGAGGUGCUGGAGCAUCAAACUGCAUUUAACUGAACUUAAGCAGAACAAAGAAAACAACUAUAUAUAUAUAUUAUGUUUUCAAACAAGUGCCUUGUCCUGUUGGUCCUCCUGUACUUUCCACAGUGUGGUAUAUAUAAAUAUAUAUAUAUAUCAUGGGCACAUCACGUUAAGUUUAAUUGUAGCACAGAAUGUAACUGGUUUAGUGUGUGUGUGUUACCUUUUGUCUGUUGACAGCCAUGUGAUGUAGCUGGUGAAAGGUGUCGUUGUGUAGGCCAAAUGUAACUUAAAGAAGCUACCGCGGUGUGUUGACUGGGCCUGGGCUGAAACCCCUCUUUGAACUCAACUCAAUCAGCUUUUGAUGAUUGAAUACAUUUCCAUGGCGCACUGCCAGCAAGUUAAUUGAUCCGCAAAGCUCACACACAAACACAGAGACACACACACACACACACACACACACACCAGUCUUGACAUCCUGAAGCAGAUGUUUGGAAAGAAGUGAGUGAAUUCCAAUCGCCAAUUGACCCAGAAUUGCUGUUUAAUCAGACUACCCUGGCUCUCUAGAUAUGACCUGAUUACGCCCUCUGUCAACAUACGGCAGCUGGAAUGCUGUAACCAGAAUGCUCAUUGUGCCGUAAAUUCAGCAACUGUACAUUGGGAAAGCAGUGAUAAGAAUAAGAGUGUGGUCCCACUGCUACUUCCAUCGAUCCAGUACACUGCACAGUUGCAGGCAUAGGUCCUUUUUAUUUAUUUUUAUACUCAUAAACUGGUGACAUUCAGAGAAGGAUGUGUUAUUUUCCGCCAAUCAAUAAAUUGUACUUAAAGUACAAUGUAUUAUAUUCAACUGUAAUCUUGUAAAAAGAAAAAACUGCAUUGCACUAAUCAAAUGCCAUAGGGUGGUGCAUGACAAUCAACAAAGUCCUGCUGAAACUUUUUUGUUUUUCUGCUCGAAAAAAAAGAAGAAAAAGAAGAAAAAAAAAAAGCCACAAAACGUGCUUCAGUGUGUGUUUUGUGUGCGUAUGCGAGGAUAUGGCGUUUUCCCGACACAAUUUCAUGUCCGACAACCCUCCAAGCGCCACUCGGACCGGCUGAUUUGGAACUGAGUCGAGGCGGGGCAAUACGAAACCCGUUUCUGACGAGCGACAUCACUCGACGGUCUCCGGUCUCCCCUGCAAGACAACCUGCCCGGUUGACUCCGGACGACCGCUUCUCUGCUUCAAAGCGACGGACUGCUUAGCGACUUGACAUUUGCGUUGUUGACAUUGUCAGUAUUGACACGACACACACUCCUGGAAACAUUCUACUCCCGAGGCGGUUCACAUAAGCACACACUGUAGCUUUUUCUACUCGACGAGUUCAAAUUAUUCUAUUUAUUCUGUAUAUUUUGUACAUACCUAUGUUCCAUUAUAUCUUUGUUUUAUGUGUGCCUUCAGUGCUGUACAGAAUAUAAACCGAAGCUGUAACUGAUAAACAGGAAAUAA